AUGGCUCUCCCGGACGAAGGUGCGACAGAUUGGAAAGUCAUCGUUAUCGAUAUCAACGAUCCUUGCGCCAGCGAGGUAAACGGCAUCGCAGAUAUACAACAGCAUUUUCCGGGUCUCCUGGAGGCGACCCGAGACUGGUUCAAGUUAUACAAGGUUCCAGACGGCAAGAAGCCCCAUAAGGUUGCCUUUAAUGGAGAGUUUAGAAAUCAAAAGUGGGUUUCUUCCUUUGAAGACAUCGAGGAGCCCUUUGUUCUAUCGUGCCCGACACCCCCACAAAAGCAAAAAAGCAUCCGACGAGGCCCCAGUUACGCCAUGUCAAUAGUCCAGGAAUGCCAAAAAGCAUGGAAAAGAUUGAUUGAUGUCAAGACAUCUUCAGGUGACAUAAGCGUUGUCAGGGGAGACGAAAACCACAGAUUUUCUAGUUUCGCCAAUCCUGCAGGAGACGGUGGACCUCGAUCGACGGACGAGAAUUUGGAUAAAAGGUUCUUCCUUAAGUUUUAA